AUGUUCCCUAUCCCCUACCUCAUAUCAGGAGGUCGCCAAUUCAUUGCUAGGGCAACAUUACUCGUAUACAUGACUCUACAUCUCAAUUGGUCCUCUUCCCCAAAACAACAAGACAAAAUUCUUCACAACAUCUCUCCUCUCGUAAGUACACUUCCCGAUCGUUUAAUGUUUCCUACCGUCUCCUAUAGUAUCGUUAAUUCUUGUCACAAACGUUGGAAGAUACAUGAUGAAAAACGCAAAGCAUAUGUGCUUAUGACUUGCAACCACAAGUGGAGAUCAUACAAGAAGAGGCUUAAAAAGAAUUUCUUGGUCAAUGAGAAUGUCAGAAAUCCACUUGAAACCUACUCAUAUCUGGAGAAAACUGCAUUGCAAAAAUUUAAAGAAAGGAUAUCAUCAAAGGAAUUCCAGGAUAUAAGUGAGAAAGCAAGGAUGAGUUCAAUGUGUAAUACGAAUCCAGCCCGAGCAGGCCCACAUGGUUAUCGAGGCAACAAAUCUAAGUGGGAACAAGAGAAGGCAUCGGGUGAGCUGCCGUCACAGUUGUAUGAGAUAAAAAGUGAGCGUUCAUUAGAUUAUGUGUUAGGGAGAAGAUCUAAAAAUGAGUCAGGGUCAAAAAUAAUACCACCUAACAUGGAACCCAUAGUAAAAAAGCUUAUAGAUGUCCAAAAAGAAAUAUUCAAAGGUGAUUUGUUGCCGGGUCCCGGAGAGGAUUUGUUGACUAUGGCGAUAGGACCGGAGCACCCUGGUCGCACUAGGGCAGUGGGGCAUGAUAUUGGCUUAAGAAAGGGGAUGCAAGGACUUGACAUAAAAAAGAGGAAAGCCCGUGACAAAGAAGCUGUUAGUAACAUGCAGGUGCAAUUAGACCAAGUUAUGACCGAAUUGGCAGAGUUAAGAACAAAGUUUGCGAUGCAGGAGUCUAGGAACCAAGUCCCGAAUAAUGUAUGCUUCGGUGUUCAAAACAAUAGUUCUGGCUCGACGUCGAGAUUGGAUGCUUUAGAUACGAUAAAGGUAAUUAUUUAUUAUAGCAUCAACCUUUAA